AAAAUUUUUUUUUAAUACAAUGAAUGAAGUCCUGGAUGAAAUUGCUAAUGGGCGGUUAUUUCCAACUGCAUCAUAUUAUAAAAAACAACAAAAUUCAAUAAGACGUGAAGACUUAUUAAAACCAAAAAUAAGUAAAAGAUCGUCAAUAUGGGUUUCGGAUAAAAUUAUUCGAAAAAUGGAUAUCAUGCAAAACGCUGAUCUUAACAAUGAUCAACAAAUGUUUGAUAUUAUUGAAGCAUUAGAUGACGCGCAUUCCGAUUUGAAUGGUCUUACACCAAAUUAUUUACAGGCAACUAUUGAUCAACUUGAAACUAAUCCGAUUAUUAGAGAUUCAACAUAUGUUGGUGAUGCCAGACAUGAAGUAAUGAAUUGCUUAUCAGAAAAUCCACGAUUACCACUAAAAUGUUCGAAACAAAUAAAUAUGUUUUUACAAACUAUUAAAAAUAGCACUUCAUGUAAAUGUAACGUUUUAGCAGACCGAUUAUGA